GGCGCGUUCUCGCGCAACCACGCACAAGACCCUGCCUCCCUCUCCUCCCGCCGACGCCAACCGCCACUGCCCCGGUCUUGCUCACCAUGCAGAGUUCCUCCUUCGGCGCAUCGCAGGCCAACCAGGUCAAAAUCUACAAUGCCGUCUACUCUUCGGUGCAGGUGUACGAGUGCAUGGUCCGGGGCAUUGCAGUUAUGCGCCGGCGCGCAGACUCCUUUGUAAACGCAACCCAAAUCCUCAAAGUUGCGGGUAUCGAUAAGGGCCGGCGGACUAAGAUUCUCGAGAAGGAAAUCCUUCCCGGAAAGCAUGAGAUUGUCCAGGGCGGGUACGGCAAGUACCAGGGCACAUGGAUACCUCUAGAGCGCGGGCGCGAAAUCGCAAUGCAGUAUGGAAUUGCAUCCCUCCUCGCACCUCUAUUCGAUUUUACUCCAACCUCCAACUCAUUGGGUUCUCUUCCGAGUGGACCCUCUGCCGCGUCUCCUCGGCCAUUGUCUGCUGCCUCUUCUUUCUCGAGUAUCGGAGGUUCUGGCAACUACGGACAACCUGGUCUUGCGCCACCGCCCAUUAUGCCAGGUUCAGCGCUCAGGCUACUCAACCAAGGACGCGCUCAAGGCUUGUUCACGCCGUCGACUUCGGCCGCCCACGCCUUGUCACGACAACAUCCUUACUCCGCUUCCUUCUCUCAGGGUACCUACUCCCCCUUUUCUGGCGUAUCGCCCACCCCGCCACCAGUCUCUUCGCAGUCCCUCAAGCGGGCGCGUUCGGAAUCCGAGGUCCUCCAUAACGCGCCACUAAAUGAUCCGAUGCAAAGAGCGUCACAACCCUUGCUUGAAGCAUCCCCAGACAUCCAAGUGAACGAACGUAAUCGGACCCACUUAUCUACCUCCCAGCAUGUACCUAUGGAUGUGGACGGCCCUUCACCAGUGAAACGCUCGAGACAAGGGCCGACUCCGCCGCAAGCCGGGUCAUCGGCUGCUGCUGAGUACCGUCACUCUCAGCCAACAUCACACUUUAUGUCUCAAUCAGCCGCUAUGGACCCGACACGUCCAGCAUCCCGCUCUAUCGUCAUGUCGCCCCCAAUAGGCUCAGGGGCCACCGUCGGUACCGCCAGUGCCUCGAGCUCAAAUGGCAAGGCAGUAAACGGGAAGGAGCCGGAUAUUGGCCUGCGCUUCAGCACGAAGCCCAUUCCCCUCAGAGAGCCGAAUACCUCGCUCCGAGAUGCACGACGGACAGCCAUCGUUGCCGCAAUAUGUCGACAAGAUGAUCCUGCCCCUGUUCUCCAUCUGCUCAGAGAAAUUACCACGGACCCAUCAGCGCCCAUUGAUGUUGACACAAUACUUGAUGACAAGAGCCAUACCGCCCUGCAUUUAGCAGCAUCUAUGGGACGCCUCCGGGUUGUCGAACAGCUCGUGAACAACGGCGCCGAUGUUCACCGCGGUAACUCCAGCGGCGAAACGCCACUUAUACGCGCGUCUAUCGACACGCACAACUUUGAUCAGCAGACAUUCCAGUUGCUCGUUCCUUUUCUGCAAGGAUCUAUCCGCACACUCGACAUGUCCCGGAAGUCUGUGGUACAUCAUAUUAUGUACCUAGCUGGAGUUGCGGGACGGGCUGUCUGUGCGCGGUACUAUCUGGAUCAGAUUUUCCUCUGGAUUGCACAGAACCAGGGCGGGGACUUUAGGUCCAUAGUGGACCUUCAGGAUGAGAAUGGCGACACGGCGUUGAAUAUAGCGGCAAGAGUUGGUAAUAGGAGCCUUGUAAGAUCAUUACUGGAUGUGGGGGCCAACAGGAUAUUACCCAAUAAAUUGGGUCUGCGUCCUGGUGACUUCGGUGUCGAGGUCGAGGAGUUGAGCGGAGGUCCCAGAGCUGAGGAUUUGCUGGCGUCGUUGCGGUCAGGUCCUUCUGCCCCAGUGCAGAAAAGCCAAGACAUUAUCUCCGAAAUGACGACCAUGAUUCAAAGUCUGAGCUCCGAGUUCUCAUCCGAAGUCAAAUCGAAACAAGACUCCCUCGACGUCACGCAGGCCCACUUGCGCGCCGCGACGCGCGAGCUCUCCGAGCAGCGCAAACAGAUUCAGCUCUGGCAGUCGCGGUGCGGCGAGCUCGACCAGGCGCAUCAGCGGAUCCGCAACCUCGAGAAGGCCAUCACGGACGAGGACGGCUUCGACUGGACGGGCCGAACCGAUCUGUCCGGUCGCAACGGUGGUGAGGACGCCGGCCCUGCGUUCCAGUGGCGCGGGCCGAGCUCGACGAUGGCCGGGAUCGGCGGCCCGAUGGACAUGUCGUUCAGCAUCGACACGGAGCCGCCAAUACCAGCGGGGAGCGACCUCGCGAGCCUGAUCCGGCUAAGGCGGCUGAAGACGUGGCACACGCGCAUGGAGGAGCUCAUGGCGGCGCGGCUGAAGUCGCUCCAGGGCGCGAGCGCGGAGCGGGAAUUCCAGUGCAAGAAGAUCGUCGCGCUGUGUACGGGUAUACCGUUGGAAAAGGUCGAAGAAAUGCUGGAAAACUUGGUGAUAGCCAUGGAGAGCGAAUCGCAAGUCGUGGAUAUCGUCCGUGUCUCGGGCUUCAUGCAGAAGGUCAGAGACGGUUUGAUUUAACUUAAAUGACGCAGUCUAUCACUGCGUGUAUGUGUGUAGCAACGAGGAGCUCUUUCAUUUGUUAACGUAUUCCUCACGUUAUGAACCCUAUCACCCAGGUUGCGUGACUCCUUGCACAAUGGGAUGAGAAAUAGGGCGGGCAAAACAGAAUAACUGUUUGUAUAGGGAUGAAUGUGUACGUUGUAGUCGCGAAAUGAAUAUCGAC